UUCAUUCGAGAUGUGAUCAUGUGAAGGUGCAAAUAAAAGGUGAAGUUGCACAAAUUGUUGACCGACUGAGGAUCAACAAAGUUGACCAACUGAGGAUCAAGAAAGUUGACCGACUGAGGAUCAAGAAAGCCACAUCAAGACAUCAUGUCGCAGAGUUGUGGAAAGAAUGAAUUUCCAACGGGAGACGGCGACCCUCCCUGCAUUGCCUGCCCAAACUCGAAAGUUGGUUGUGAUUCAUUCAAACGAUUUAUGGAUAUAGCCUAUGAAAACUGCCUAAGGGAUUGCGGUUUUCUACAAACAAGAUCUCCAGGUUCCUCGUUUGACACCUUAGAAUUUGUUGAAAUUGCGGUACCCGCAGUCGUUGGAGUUGUCUUCAUAUUGCUUUUAAUAAAGCUGUAUAGAGCUCGACGCCAAUCUCGACGUGCAGCUAAUAUUGAUGAAAUGGAAAGAGGCGAAGCACCUCCAGGACAGAUAGAGGUACAGCCAGCUGCAGCAGGCACUUCAGGAGACAACAAUACCCUAGGUGAAUGUCCUCAAUCUUUAGGAAAAACGGAAGAUAUCAGCGAUCAAGAGGAAUUACUGAAACACGUAGAGUCAGAGUAAUAAUUUGAAAGUUGACUGCAGUUCUAGAGUUCUACACACAAUCACUCAUACGUACAAAAAAUGAACCGCGACGGCCGGCAUUAGCGACCAGUUUCGAAUCCCUGAUCAUGCGCCAAAUCUGGCGCACGAACAGUACGUGCAAGUGGAAGCUGGCCUUAAUUCAACUAAACAUAGCUUUACCAGACGACAUGCUUGAACACUCGUUUUUGUGGAAGCAGAUAAAUAGUAAUAUAAUUUCUCUGCAUAAUUUUGUAUACUUUUUCUUAAUUAUUAUAAAGUUGAAAUCUGUA